ACCGCCCUUUUCCGACGAUAGGAGGAAAAACAGCACAUUGAUCGCUACAGACCUCCGAAGCGUAUAAACAACCACACUACACAUCAGAUCGUCACCCGGGAUUUCUGUAUAGUACUGUCGGGCUGUUGAAGGACGUGGCUUUUGCAGCAGUUUAACUCGCACGGUGCAAAGCAGCGCAUCUUGUGUGGACAAUCUCCCUGUUGAAAUGAACGCUUAUUCGGCAUGCGGAAUAAAAAUGCCCGCUUCUCUAUGGAUCUGCCGGCACAUGGGCCAUUAUAAAGAUUUGCAUGAGCAGGGAAAGGGCUGAACCAUGUCUGGUGAUGGUGAUGUUGAUGACUGUGGGCAUAAGUUUCCAGACCAUUAUAAAGUCAUGCUUGACAAACUGAAUGAGCAACGUCAGUUGGAUCAGUUCACAGACAUCACUCUUAUUGUGGAUGGACAUCAGUUUAGAGCCCACAAAGCUGUACUUGCAGCCUGCAGUCAGUUUUUCCACAAAUUCUUUCAGGAUUUUACACUAGAGCCUCUAGUGGAGAUUGAGGGGGUAAGCAACACUGCCUUCCACCAUCUGAUGGAGUUCACCUACACGGCCACAUUAGCUUUAAAUUGUGAGGCAGAAGUCAGUGAUGUCUGGAGAGCUGCAGAGUACCUUCAAAUGCAGGAAGCAAUCAAGGCCUUAAAUAACAGAAGGAAUGGUAAAACAUCAUUAAACUCAUCCCAGACCUUGGCUGGAAAGAGCAAGGCUAAGAAGAGGAAGAUUGCAGAGACCUUCAAUGUGAUCACUGAGACUCUUCCUUUGCUUGAAACUGAAGCAGUUGAAAUCGAAGUAGAGGUUGGUGAGGAACAUAUCGAGGUGGUUGAUAGUGGCCUGGUGGAAGUGCUAGAUGCUACCAGGAGUACCGAACCCUCUUCCGAUGAUUCAGCUUUGGCUUUGUUGGCCGACAUCACCAGCAAGUACCAGCAUGGAGAGCAGACACUCCAUGUGGUAAAAAAGGAUGAAGAUGACACCUUGGUUGUGCAGGAAGAAGCUGCGAUAGCUUCCAAGACCCUUGAGAAUAUUGAAGUAGUGGAGGUCCAGAUUUCUCAGCUGGACAACCUUUUCCGUUGUGACAAGUGUGACCGCUGCUUCAAACUGUACUACCACCUGAAACAGCACAUGAAGACUCACACGGCUACCCUGGAUAGGAGCUUUGUCUGCCGGCACUGUGGCAAAUCAUACGCCCGAGAAGGAGCUCUUAAACAGCACCUGAAUAAUUACCAUUAUGAGGCAGAGGAGCAGUCUCUGCUGCAGAAAAAGAAAGUGCAUGUCUGCGAUUACUGUGAAAAGCAAUUUGAUCACUUUGGACACUUCAAAGAGCAUUUGAGGAAGCACACAGGUGAGAAACCCUUUGAAUGUCCAGAAUGCCAUGAACGUUUUGCCAGGAACAGUACACUGAAGUGCCACAUGUCGGCCUGUCAAAAUGGCUCUGGAGCUAAAAAGGGGCGAAAGAAGCUCUAUGAAUGUCAGGUCUGUAGCAGUGUGUUUAACGGUUGGGAGCAGUUCAAGGACCACUUGGUCACCCACACGGGUGAGAAACCCAACCACUGUACCAUCUGUGAUCAGUGGUUCACACAACCCAGAGACCUCCAAACUCAUAUGCAAGAAUUCCACGGCUUACAGGAGAAUGUUAUUGUCAUUUCAGACCAAACAACAGUUUUAGCAAUGGCAGAGGUGGAGGAGGUUGGGGAGAGGGUUAUUCUGGAGGAUGAAAUGAGGGUGGAGCAUGUAAUUGUGGAACCGCUGGACGUUGUUGCUGUUGAGGAGACUCUGGUGGUGGAGGAAGAGAUGCAGCUAGAACCUUCUCCAUCAGUCGAAGGGGUGGAAGAGACAGUUGUUUUACAAGUAGAGGACGAGCGAUUAAAAGAACUAGCAACGGAAGUCAAAAUGGAACAUGUGUCUGUAGCUGAGCCAGAGGACUCUGAAGGUCAACAAGAGGCUGUGGAUGGUUUGAAUGAAGAAAAAAUUACAAAUGUAUGAAAAGCCUCUACUGUGCAUUGACUCUUUGAGAAUGGAAUGUAAAAUGAAACGGGCCAUUUCUCCUUCCCUGCCCUCUUAUAAUUCAACCAUAAUAUAUGUAGAAUGGCACCUGGUCCGUGUGGUGUCAUCCAGCGGAUAUCGGUUCACCCACAUUUUCAGCUUUGCUCUUUGUCUCUCUGAGUGCUCGCCAAGAAAGCUUUUCUUUUACGCAAGCCUGUUAUUUGACAGCAUGGCCCCUAUGAAUUUGAUCACAGGUUUAGUCAUGCUAUUAAUGUGCAUUAUGGAUAAGGAGGAUAAGAGUUGCAAUUCAUUUCAAGAAUAGUGCAGAUCACUGUUUCUGAGAUAUUUGAUUUUGAAAUGAUCUUUGGGAUGUGUGAUGUAGAAGCUUAUUUUUGUAAAAGAAUUAAAGGGCAAAAUGUGUCCCAAAUGAUCCAGAGACCAUAUAAAUGCAGUUCUGGCUUGUGUUUCUAACAUUUCUCCUUGUUCACUCAGUGCUCAUUUACAAGGAUCAGUCUUUCUUAUGUUUCAUUUUCAGUCAAAAGCAAGAAGUCUUGAAUGUAUGUGGUUGCUAUUGAGCUGUACAGAGCAAUAAAAUAUUGUAUGAAAUGUUUGCGUCACUUCCUAAGGCCUUCUUAAUAAGGCAUGUCAAGCCUGGGUUCAGUUAUGCAUUUACAUGUAUGCAUUUGGCUGAUGCUUUUAUCCAAAGCGACUUACAGAGCCCUUCUUACAGGGACAAUCCCCCCAGAGCAACCUGGAGUUAAGUGCCUUGCUCAAGGACACAAUGGUGGUG